UUGGAAGGGCUGCGGAGGAGAACGUUCCUCUGCUGCCAGGCAGGGUGACCCGAGGUGGCUGCCCCGAGGUUACAGGGGUCCCGGUGCCUCCGAAUGGGUGUGGGAGCAAGGGAGGAGAACUGAGCCUCACUGAAGCAAAGCCCCUGGGAGCCAGGCUUGCUCCUGGAUCUCAUUUUUCACAUGUCGGCUGCACUCUCAACCACCAGCCCUGUCAGAGGAAAGGAGGCGCUUCCUGUUAUUCCGAUUCAAAUCUCAAGCUGGUCAGGAGGAAACAGGCAGCUGUGCUGAGAGUGGCAGGGUGUACCAAGAUGGAUGGCCGGUGCCUGCCCUUGCUGCUGCUCCUGGUGGUCUUUACAGGUGAGUGGCACUUCAGGGUGGCCGUCGGGUGGGAAGCAGAAAGCUUCUGCUCAGUAGCCGAGAGGGGCUUGGGUUCUCAGAGCUGUGGAGAACAGAGAUAAUCUCCACCCUCAACAGGUUGUCCACCGCAGGGAGAUGGGUAUCCCUUCUGAGAGUCUCCGCAGGUCAGCUAGAGUUCUCAGAGUCUUUGUCUCAGAUCCUGCUUUUUAUCAGAAUUGGAUUUCUUAGCUCUUGUCCCAGCUUUGAGGUAGCUUCUAGACUCUCUGCGUAGACACAGACUCACCCUUGUUUCUUACUCAGGCAUGAUUUGUCCUGCUUCCACGCUGUCUUCCAGUGCUUUUUCUGGCCAGGUUCAUCGCAGUCUCAGUAGGGCUAGUCAAAAGUAAUAUUAUGUCCCAGAGAUCUAGGCAGUGCUUUUUUUCUGGGGGGGACGCAGGGGUACACAUAUCCCUAAACAUUUUGUAAAUCUAAGUUUGGCCUCAUUGAGGGGCAGUAUUUCAAUAUGAGUAGGAAAAUGAGAGUACCCCUAAACAUUUUUUUAAGAAGGAAAAAAAACACUGGAUCUAGAUAAACCCCCACUGUCAUUUUCUUCCCCUCUCACUCCAGCUUUGCUGGAAUUUCUGACUCCCCAAAUACUCACCCCAGCCACACUUUGAGGUACAGGAGCCUUGGGAGAAUUUGCCUUUCUCUGAGGCAGGAGGCAAUUUCUUUCUGUGUUAUUAGAUAUUUGGGUGACUUCCUCCGUUUUCCAAGUUGAGGCUUACAGCAACUUCUCCAGGGAAACAGCACUCCUGUGGUGAACUGUUUUUGCAUGGCUAUCUCAGCUCUACGGAUUUAUUAUUUCUUACAUUUAUAUCUAGCCUUUCCUCCAAGAAGCUGAAGGCAAUGUGCUUGGUUGUCCUCUCUCACUGCAUCUCAGCCUCAUAACUAGGACUGGGGGAUAAAUUGAUAUACAGUGGUACCUCGGGUUACAUACGCUUCAGGUUACAUACGCAUCAGGAUGAGGACAGAAAUCGGGCUCCGGUGGCGCGACAGCAGCAGGAGGCCCCAUUAGCUAAAGUGGUGCUUCAGGUUAAGAACAGUUUCAGGUUAAGAACGGACCUCUGGAACGAAUUAAGUACUUAACUGAGGUACCACUGUAUCGUCCCAAAUCGGUUUCAAGUCCAUAUCAUGAUAUUGGCUUCAUAAUUUUUGGCCUGGCAAUAUAUUGUGAAUCAUGGUGUGUGUGUGUGGGUGUGGGUGUGCCAUGCAAAUGUUACAAUGCGGGGGAAACCGCGAAGACAGCCAAUGCCUCUACAUAGCUCCACCCUUAUUUCAGACAUUGUAAUAUAUCAGUACAGUGGUACCUCUGAUUGCAAACGGAAUCCGUUCUGGAGGCCCGUUUGCAACCUGAAAAGAACGCAACCCACGCCUGCGCGUGCGCAGGUCGUGAUUCGCCGCUUCUGCGCAUGCACGUGACGCCAUUUUGCGCAUCUGCGCAUGUGUGAGCGAUGAUACCCGGAAGUAACCCUUUCCAGUACUUCCGGGUCACCACUGGACACAACCUGAAAACACGCAACCUGAAGCAAACGUAACAUGAGGUAUGACUGUAUACAGUGGUACCUCAGGUUACAAACCCCUCAGGUUACGAACACUUUGGGUUAGAGACUCCGUAAACCCGGAAGUAGUACCUCAGGUUAAGAACUUUACCUCAGGAUGAGAACAGAAAUCGUGCGGCGGCAAUGGGAGGCCCCAUUAGCUAAAGUGGUACCUCAGGUUAAGAACGGUUUCAGGUUAAGAACGGACCUCCGGAAUGAAUUAAGUACUUAACCAGAGGUACCACUGUAUCACAAAGUUUAGCUGGUGAUAUAUUGCAAUGUUGCCAGGCCAACUUCAACAGGCCAACUUCAACAAUGGAAUCAAAAGUAAUUAUAUAAUUGUACGGUUGGAAGGGGCCACGAGGAUCAUCUAUGUCAGGGGUGGCCAACUCCCAGAAAUCUCCAUGAGACAUUAUCAAAAGCCUUUUUGGCAUCAAUUAAGACGAAGGCUACUGCUUUCCCUGGGUUCAUGUCUAGAUAUCCUAUGGCAUCCAUCACCAAUCUCAUAUUAUCCCGCAUCCUCCUCCCAGGAGGCUGUGACCUACCUUCAGAAUUAAAAACUGGCAGUGAUCUACCCCUGUUUUUUUGGGGGGGGGGGGUUUCAGCUCAGUUGUUGAGCUUUCUUAGGGAAGAGAAAAGCCCCUUUUGGGAGGGGGCAGCUCAAGGUUGUUGUGUUUUUUUUAGGGAGGGGAGAACCCUGUUUUGGGGGUGUUAAAGGCAAGGGACAAAGGGGUAAAGUCACUUACAGAAAGAUUGCUGUGGAUGAAAACAGCAACACAGAGAAAGCUUUAUCUUCUCUUCCAGAGAUCAAACAACAAUGGAGGGCAGGGCGAGGGGGCAGGCAGGAGUCAGUUUUAGCAACACGAAGGAAAGGGAACCAGAGAUCGACUGCGAUCUACCAAAACCUCACGGGGAUCUACCAGUAGAUCGCGAUCGACCUGUUGGACAUCCCAUAUCUAUGUCCACCUGCCUGCAAUGCAGGAAUCUUUUGCCCAACGUGGGGUUUGAACCAAUGACUGUGAGAAGAGCCUCUCUUGUCCAGAGAUUGCAUUAUUAACAAUUUACGAUGGGGUGGAAGGUUCGCAGGCUAUGAAGGACUUGCUCACAAAUUUAUCGACAGCUGCACGAAUUAUGAUAGCCAGGAAGUGGAAAGGGUAAGCAGAAUAUAAAAUGGAAGAAUGGUAUAAAGAGCUGUGGGAGAUAGCUAUUAAUGACAAAUUAACACGUGCCAUUAAGGUAAGACAGGGAAUAUGCAGGACAAAUGAUUUCGAGAAGAUAUGGAAGGUGUUUGUAGAAUCUGUACUGUUAAAAUGGAAAGGAGUCAAACCAUCGCAAGAGGUGUUGAAAUUUUGGGAGUUUGGAUAGUUAUAAUGGAAUGGCCUUGGUGGUGGGGUGCACAUUUUUAUUCUUAUUUAUUUAUGAUUAUUACUUUGUAAUAUAUAUAUAUAUAUAAAAAUAAAGAGUCUCUCUUGCCGGAUCCAGGAAUUUUGAGGGACUCAGAAAUAUAGCCUAACACCCACCUCCUGCAAAAAAAACAAACUCACAACUAUAUAUUGAUAUUUCAAAAAUCUCAGAGCGGUAGACAUGGCUCAGUGUAAACACAACUCAUUUACAGAGUCGCCACAGUUCACAUUGAUUUUUGUACACGAUGCCCUGUCCCUGGCUGUAGCAGCUUCUUAAACUCCAGAGGAAGUAAGUGAAGGAGGAAACCUUCCUGUUCUAGCAGGCUACAAAGCAUUGGCUAAGUACAUGUUUAUUGGGGUGGGGUGGGGGGAGCUUCAGGAAAGGGACAUUUAGAAGGCAGGAAGGAGUGCUUAACUCUUUCCCACCUUGCCAAUGCUGUGCUCCAAAUGUCUAGCCUGCUUGCUGGAAUACCAGACAUGUUUGUCCUGAACCCAAUUCCAUUCCCUCAACGGUUCCAGAGCAUAGCUGUCAGCUUACAGAUUUGAAAAUAAGGGACCAGCAGCCUCGAAAAUAAGGGAUCAGCAGCCAAAAUAAGGGAUUUUCCAAGCACAGGUAUGUUCAACUUCUGGGCCCCUCCGAGCCAAAGGCAGAAAGCCCAGCCAGCAGCCAAACAAAGCCUCAUGCAGUGGUUCCCACAGCGCAGCAACCCGGCAAAGGGGAUGCAGCAAGGAAAACCACCGUCACCUCUCUGCUGGGAAGCGCUGAGCAAAGGCGAGUCCCCAGGCAACGCGGCCGAUUUGAUUGGCACAAGGCAUGCAAGCUCCACCCCCCAGUCAUUCUUAGACUCCUUAUUGGGUGAGCAACGCAGCCAAGCAACACAGUUGGAGCCACCCUCCUCCCUGGCCAGCAGGGAGGGAGGGAGGGAGAGGAGCUGCUUCCUUUGAAACCCGGGAAAUUUAAGGGACAUCAUCAAUAAGGGACAGCAGCGGGACACGGCGCUGGGAUAAGGGACUUUCCUGCCAAAUAAGGGACGGUUGACAGCUAUGUUCCAGAGGGACUGUUCCAAAAUAUCCACUUGUCCCCACUCUUCUUGCAUUCCUUCUGCUCUCUCUGUCUCACCUGCAGUGGCCGUCAGGCUCGAUGCUCAUAAUGGAACCACAGAAGCUCCUGGCAACGCCAGCGUCUCUCUCGAAGGAAGACCAAACGCUACAUUUCUGGGCCCCGAAAUGAAGCUGAGCCUGGACGAUGGUAAGAUGAUAGCAAAGCCCAGAAAUUCUGAUGCCUCUGAGUAUGUACAGACCGCCUUUUCUUCCCUCUAGACACAUCGUGACAUGCCCUUUGUUAUGAGGACGCUUUGGGUCAGAACAUGGCUCCUUUAGUCCUCUUGUCUGAGAGAGGCCUUUCCUGAGGUUAUGGUGGGUGACCAUCUCCACCAUAGCUGUCAACUUCUCCCUUUUCUUGCGAGGAAUCCUAUUUGGAAUAAGGGAGUUUCCCUUUUAAAAAGGGAAACGUUGACAGCUAUGAUCUCCACCCCUCCAGUUGAAGGGGCUUGUGGGAAACUGGGGCUUGUAGGAACUGGCGUCCAACAACAUCUGGAAGGCCACAGGUUCCCCACUUCUGGCCUAAGUUUGAAAAUGAGCUGCUGAGGUCACCUCUGCUUUCAGCACCAAUCCAAAAGUAUCCCCAGUAUACAAACCUGGCUGUUUACAUCUCAAAACAGAAAACAUUGUUUGGGGCACCAAAACAGGGCCGGCCCACACAUGAGACAAGAUGAGGCAACCGCCUCUGGCGGCAGGAUUCACAGGGUCAACACACCCCAAUGUAGAUCUUUAUUCUCCCUUUGCUCCUAAUGCAUAUGUUCACUCACCUCUGAUUCCAUGGCAGGGAGGGAGAUGGCAUUUUGCGUUCACCUCAGGCGCCUAAAAAUGUCUUGGGCCGGCCCUGAUCCACUCUUUCUCAUGGCCCCUACAUUCCCCAGAACUACUCCAACCUGAAACAACUGUCCCAGGCUGCAGUAAAAAAUUUGGAACCUCACCUUUUCCCCCAGUGGUUCCCAUUGAACGAACCUGUGCAUAGCAGCCAAAUCCUAGAGACUGAGGUCCCUUUGCCCCCAUAAAAUAUUUGAGGGGGCUGGGGGCCCCCAAGUCAGUGGGCAUUACCAUUCAAUUGUUGUGUGACUGAUUAUGUGGGGUGUGGCUUACCUGUCCCCCAAAUAUUUUAUUCAAGUUGGCACCCCAGAACCUGCGAUUCGCUUUGGGAAACCCUGCAGCCAUAACUGUUUCCAUACACCUGCCAUUGCGAGCCACUUUGAGAAGAGACAAGUGAAAAUGUUGACUCAGUGCUGUCCUGAAAAAUUGCUGUGCUAUUUGAUUUGAUAGAUAAACAGAUGACUGCCUGGUUUUUUGAGGUGAGAUCUGAGAUGGGGGCGUCCUCCUUGCCUGUGCAAUAGGCAUGUACCUCAGAAGGCAGAAUGCUGGUUAUAUUCUCACUCGUUGGCCCAUGUGCAGAUUUCUUCACAAUUCCUCCUUUCCACCGUUGGAUUUCAGUAUCACACGACACAGCCAGACCCCUGCUUCCUCCACCGCUACCCUUACCAUGCUGCCUCACACACACAAAGGGCAUUACUCAUUACGCUUUGCUUCCCCCCAUCUAGUUUACAGUAUCCUCGUGGCAGAUUGCUGGAGAGACUUUGAGAAGCAGAUGGCCAACAUCACAGAGGAGCACUGGUGUGAGUGGAUGGUCAUUAGAAGGUAAUGAAGAACGGAGCUUUUCCACUGGGUAAGGGGUGGUUGAGAGUGGUAAACAAAAGUUGUGCCAGUUUCUUUCGGGGGUCAAAUAAGGAAUAUGAAAUUCUGGAGUUACGACGUUCAGAUGUUGACUCUGCUACAAUUCAUAAAGAAAUUUUGAGAUGUAUCGAUAACAGUCUUAAGGCCAAAAUCAAAUGUUACAUGCUGUUUAUCUGAACAGCAAUAAUGAUGAUGAUGAUGAUGAUGAUGAUGAUGAUGAUAUUUAGACUGUAAACCACUGAGCCUCUUGGGCUUGCUGAUCAGCAGGUUGGGGGUUCAAAUCCCUGCAAUGGGGUGAGCUCCCAUUGCUCUGCCCCAGCUCCUGCCAACCUAGCAGUUCGAAAGCAUGCCAGUGCAAGUAGAUAAAUAGGUGCUGCUUUGGCGGGAAGGUAAAUGGCUUUUCCGUGCGCGCUGGUUUCCGUCACAGUGUCCCGUUGCGCCAAAAGUGGUUUAGUCAUGCUGGCCACAUGACAGCCCUUCAGCAAAAGAACUCAUUCAAACAGAGGGCAGACCUUCUAAUAGAUGACUGACCCCUGUAAACACAUGACCACCCCAAAUGCAGAAUGUGGCUCAAAAUCCUUCUGCAACGCGCAAGGUUUCUACAACAGGGAAGCUGGUGAGAAAUGUGGGCAGACAUUUUACUAUGAAGUUUUUAACAACUAUUAUUAUUAUUAAUGCCCCGUCCAUCUGGCUGUAUUUCCCCAGUCACUCUGGGUGGCUCCCAACAGAACACCAGUAACAGUAAUAAAAAAGCAACAACGAACAUUAAAAGCUUACCUAAACAGGGCUGCCUUCAGAUAUCUUCUAAAAGUCUGGUAGUUGUUUUUCUCUUUGACAUCUGGUGGGAGAGCGCAGUGGCGUAGCAUGGGUUGUCAGCACCCGGGGCAAGGCAAGUAAUUUGUGCCCCCUAACCCUGAGUGAGCCAGGUAGGGGCAGAGAGCUGCGAGUGCGAGCGCGCCCCCCCAGAUGUUGCGCACGGUGCGGCCGGCCCCCCCUGCACCCCCACGCUACGCCACUGGGAGAGCGUUCCACAUGGCAGGUGCCACUACCGAGAAGGCCCUGUGCCUGGUUCCCUGUAACUUGACUUCUCGCAAUGAGGGAACCGCCAGAAGGCCCUUGGAGCUGGACCUCAGUGUCCAGGCUGAAUGAUGGGGAUGGAGACGCUCCUUUGGGUAUACUUUUAUUGAGAUUUUCAUGACACAUAACAGAAAAACAAACUAAUCUACAAUAAAUAAUAGAAAGGGAACUAAAUGAAGAAGAAAAGAGAAAGAAAACACCAGUCCUCUCUCACUGCGGCACCUUAACUUUUAUCCCAUGCAGAAACAGGUGAGCCCUCCUAGCUCUCACCUGGGAUCGUUCUUCUCCUCACAGCCUCUCACCUGUGAGGUCUCCCCUUCCCCGCCUUUGAAGGCAGACAUUUUAACAGCUACUUAGAAAGGUUGUAAAGGUAAAGGGACCCCGGACCAUUAGGUCCAGUCGUGGCCGACUCUGGGGUUGCGGCGCUCAUCUCACUUUAUUGGCCGAGGGAGCCGGCGUACAGUUUCCAGGUCAUGUGGCCAGCAUGACUAAGCCGCUUCUGGCGAACCAGAGCAGCGCACGGAAAUGCCGUUUACCUUCCCACCGGAGCGGUACCUAUUUAUCUACUUGCAGUUUGACGUGCUUUUGAACUGCUAGGUUGGCAGGAGCAGGGACCGAGCAACGGGAGCUCACUCUGUCGCGGGGAUUCGAACUGCCGACCGUCUGAUCGGCAAGUCCUAGGCUCUGUGGUUUAACCCACAGCACCACCCUUUAGAAAGGUUAUAGUGCAAGGUUUCUUUCUGAGGGUUAAGAGCACAGCUUCCCCCAGUUUCUACUGUAUCUAAUGCUCCAAAUCCUGAAUUCCUCCCUCUGUUGAUCAACUCCACAGGCCAUACAAUGAAUUGCGGGAGUGCCUGGAAAAAUGGGCAGAACGCCUGAAGUACGGCUACCCCAACACCUUGGCUCACAACUACAUCACGUAUGGCCACAGGAUGUACUUCCUCAACUGCAGCGUGCGUAACGCCCUGCAGGACCCCCCGGAUGACAUUUUGCUGCCUCUGAUCAUCACCCCGAUCUGCCUCAUCCCUUUCUUGGUAACCCUGGUUGUUCUGAAGAGCAAGGAUGGCGAAAUGAAAUUCUGAGUCCCCGGCCUUCGAGUAGCCGGGGUCCCUGUGGUCCAGCGGCUUGCAACGCCGUCACAAUCCUCCUCCCUUGCUUCCCAUGGGAUCGGGCCCUUCUACUCUGACACCACACCCUGGGAUGAGCCAGGCUGAAUCUGGAGACUUUGAACAGGGAAAGUAUUGGGGCAUUUUACGAGUUGUUACUAACGGGAGGAGGCACAGAAGGGAAAACCCCGAACCUUUCGUCAUUGAAGCAAACGCCCGCUGCACGUCUGCAGCUGACAUAAGCAGCUCUUUUCCCCCCAGAUCUUUAUUGAAACUUAACAUAUAUACAUGCCGUAUUUUUUGCUCUAUAAGACUCACUUUUUCCCUCCUAAAAAGUAAGGGGAAAUGUGUGCGCAUCUUAUGAAGCGAAUGCAGGUUGCGCAGCUAUCCCAGAAGCCAGAACAGCAAGAGGGAUUGCUGCUUUCACUGUGCAGCGAUCCCUCUUGUUGUUCUGGCUUCUGAGAUUCAGAAUAUUUUUUUUCUUGUUUUUCUCCUCCAAAACCUAGGUGCGUCUUAUGGUCUGGUGCGUCUUAUACAGCGAAAAUACGGUAAUAACCAAAAUCCCCAAUGAUUCCCUCACAUAAAAUAUAAUAUCUAAAUUGCAACAGCUGCAUAAUUAUACACCACCCACCCACCCUCUUCUUCCCCCCACAGCAAUUCGACUUCUUUAUAUUUCUUUCUACCUUUUUUCCUUGCAUUCUGUAAUAAAUUAUUUUUGUUAAAUUCUGAUUUUUCCUCCUUUCUUUCUUUGUUUUGUUAUUGCUUACAUUUUUUAUUCUAAGCCUAUUAACACGUCAUUUUUAGAACACUAUUUUGACAUAUAAUCUUUGAAAUACUUCCACUCCAUUCCUAACUUCUGAUUCGAUUGAUAUCUUAUAUUUGGUUAAUUUUGCCCAUUCUAUAUACUCACUUAAUUUACAAAUCCACUCUUCCUUUGUUGGUAUGUCCUGAGAGUUCCAUUUAGUAGCAAUCACUACCCUGGCAGCUGAUAAGCUUCGGGAUUUUUAAUGGGGCCUAACUGUCUUAGCUUCUGGGAAUUGUAGUGCCUGCUGCUGAAAAUCUUCAGUGAGAAUUGACAGAAUUGGUUUCCAGAUGGUUUUCUCUGGUCAACUGCUGGGAAUUCUUUAGCUGUGAUUCUGCAUUUCAGGGGGUUGGACUAAAUGACCCUUGGGGUCCCAACUCUACAAUUCUGUGAUAAACCAUGACAGUUAAAAGAUUAUACAAUAGAUGCGAGCAGACCAAGUUAGCCCUCCUCCUUUUAUGUAGCAAAGCUCCAUACAGCAUCCUCACCUUUCUGCUGAAGUGCAUGAAGUUUCUAUUGACCCCAUAAACCAAUAAAGCUGUGUAUUUACAUAC